AUGGCCGUGGUCGUUGCUAACGCCAAGGUUGCCGUUGUCGCAGCGACUCCUGUUGAUCAGAGUGAUGAUGAGGUUACACAGAUCUGGCAGGAGGUGCAGGCGAUGGUGAUACGGAUGGCGGGAGGGGAUCCCAACAAGAUUGACAAACAACUCGACAUCGACGGAGUCCUACGACAUCUGGAGCAAGUGCAAGCCAAAGAUCAGAAGGCUGCAGAGAAGCACGCUGCUGUCAAGGACACCUUCAGCAAGACACUUCAAGUUAUUUCAAAGGUUGGCGGAUUAGUUGCUGACGGCGUUUCCAAUGCUUUCGGUCCCGCGAAUCAGUGCUUCAACGCGCUGAACUUUGUUAUCGUGGCAUGGCAAUCGUACUCGGAGGCGUUUGAAAGUCUUGCAGCACUCCUCGAAAAAUGCGCCGAGUUCUUUGAGCGAUUUACCUACUACACGAACAGAGAUGCGUCUCUCAGGAAAGUCAUCUGUUGCCAAUUCAGAUUAUUCAUCAGAGUAUGCGACAAGUCACUUCAACUCGGGAAGAAAAGGCACAAGAUCAAAAUGUUCUUCAGUCGCAUGUUCCUGGAUGAUGAUGAUAUCAAAGGGCUGCUGAGCGAGAUGGAAAAUCUCAACGCACGUGAACACGGUCUUGUAUCUGCCCAAACAUUCAAGAUCAGUCAAGACGCCGCAAAAGCCAGCCGAGAGGCUGCCAAGACAUCGAAGGAUAGUUCAAUGAAGCUCGACACGCUGGUUGAACAGAACACUGCCAACAAGAAGGAGAAAACGGAGCAGAAGUUCAAGGACAAAGUGGAAAAAGCUUUCUUCGGGAAGAAUUCCAAAGAGGUCCUUGACAGAGGAGAAGACCUACGCAAAUAUGGCGGGAGCCGAAUCGAUGGCACGGGAAAGUGGCUUGACACCGACCCUCUAUUCACAGCUUGGAUGACUGGCGAUGAUACUACCGAUCCGAUCUUGGGUAUCGAGGGCCCCAAAGGCUCAGGAAAGACACUCGUGGUCACACACGUUAUCGAUCGGCUCCAAAAGCAGAGGACAGUAGGUGGCUCCGGCACGAGAUCAGCUGUAGCGCACUACUUCCUGGAAGCAGAUGCCAAGGAGGAUGCCACAGCAGGGUUCAGAAGGAAGCAUGUGAUUGCAUGUCGUGCUUCGAAGAGCCUAUUGUGGCAGCUUGCACAGGAGGAAACGCCGUUUCUCAAAUCGAUUGCUGGUCUCUGUGACGUCGACAAAGUUGACCUAGAUGACCCGGUUUCCAUUUGGAGACAAUUUCUUCUCGAGAACGAAGAUCGGAGCACUAUCGAGAGCACAUUCUUCAUUGUUUUGGAUGGACUUGGAGAGAACUUGGACGCUCUCACCAAUCUGUUCAAGAUGCUCUCUGAUGAUCAAGCACGUCUUCGCACCAGAGUGUUGAUAACUGGCACCUCGUCAACGUUUGAGCAACUCGAAAAAGAAGACAGUAUUCGGAUGAAAAAGCUUCGACUUGAGACGCGCAAUUCUGAGGACAUCAAAGUUUACAUAGAGGCUCGGAUGAAUCAUAUGGAGAUCCUUAGCGACACAGCGCGACCGGGUGUAUCCGACGUAAGGAAGCGAGUUCUGGAGGCACUCGAGAACUCCACCAAUGGUGACUACACGAUUGCAAUUACAGCUUUGGACAACAUUGAACGCGUUGAUUCACUCGAAGAGGUGGAAGAUUGUUUGGAAAAGGCUGGCGGAGCAAGAUCUAAUCAAGUGCUAGAGGACAUUCAGAGGUUCAAUCAGAUCAUGAAACCCAAGGAGAUCGACGAGAUCAAUGAGAUCAUCCUUUGGGUAAAAUGGGGACUUCGUUGGAUGACAUCAAGCCAGAUUGAGGCCGCUCUGGAGCUCAAGGCCGACCGCGACACAGAUGGGCGCCAAACCUCUCUUCGAUCCCUGCAAUCCAAGAUUGAAAAGAAGUAUAACGAGCUGUUCUAUGCUGAUAGCGAAGGGUUGAUCGACUUCAAAAGACCUGAGAUGUGGGACAACAUCCCUCAACACAAUAAUGCCGAUCCAAUCUUACCAGAAGAACUCAACAUCGUCCAACACUAUCUCUCGACGGUUUGCCCUAAGAAUGUCUAUGACAAAUUUGGCUUCAAGGAGUUCUUUGAAAGAAGAAUAGAACGAAAGGAAAACUCGAUCUGUCAGGAUCCAGACAAUGCUGAACUCAAGCUCGCUCUAAGAUGUCUUCGCUGCCUCAUUGAAGAACAGACGGACAAGAGCAAGCUUCUCCGUUCAUACGCAGCUGAAUGUCUUUAUCAACACUUGGAUAGCACCAAUUUGUCUCUUGCCGAUCGCAAGCUGAAGGCAGAGGCUGGGAAUUUGCUAGUCCGGCUUUUGACCGAAGAAGCUGCAAUUGAUGCCCUUCUCUCCCGGGACUAUGGCAAAGAUUGGGAGAUCGAAAGCGCUGUCGAUACGAAAGCCCUGCCAAGCAACUGGGAGCCCUGGGUUUUCUCUGACCUAGGCAACAGCCUUUUGAGAAAAUGGUCCCAAGACUCCUCGGUCUUGGAGCAUCUCGAUAACAAGAUGGUACUGGACAAUAUUAUCAACCGCGAGAAGGGUGAGCAGUAUUGGUAUGAAAAGGCGGCUACAAUCGCAGCGAGAAGGCUUCUCAAACCGGAAGAUCGCGGACGAGAGUUGAUAGAUGCUUUUACUCUGCUCUACGCACUUAUCAAGCGACUGAACCACAAGAAUGAAGGCGAACAGAACGAAUUCAAAGUUGACGAGAAUCAACUUUGGUAUCCCACCAUGGAACAUUUCAGCGCCGUCGAAACAUGGGCACGGAAAAGUUUGGGUUUCGCAGAAGACGAUGCUAUUUGGCAAACCCAAAUGGUAAAGCUUAUUCACUACCUAGAGAAUGGCAAGACCAUUUUCAAGAAAGAUGUUGUGGCCAGAGCAAGACGAGCCAUUCAACUCCAUUCGGAUGAUUGGAUGUCCUCCUUCUACUUGGCUCGAAUCCUUGACUUGCCAGAGGAGGCUUCCGAAAGCAUUGAAAUCCUUGAAAGAGUCAAGGAGCAGUUGAAGGACCUCAAAGAUGACCCCACAUGGAGAUCUCACGCCUUGAACCUGAAAACUUACUCCGAAAUCACGGAGACUUUGGGUGACCGCUAUUGGGAUAUGACUGGCGAUGAAAACACUAAAAAGGCGGUCUCCUUGCAUUUCUUGGCCAUUGAAGAACCUCAUUCUAUGACUUCCUUCGAGGCUGACUACAUCUUGUGGAAGUUUAGCAAAAGGGGCCUCUGGACUGAAAUCGUCGACUAUUGCGAGAGAUUGCUAAAGAUUCCACAAGAUGAGGUCACAAUUGGUGCCAAAGUGGCCUUUCUUGGAACCAAACGGCAGCAAACUUUGUUUUGGGACACACUCAUGCGAGCAUGCGAUGAGACAGACCGCUGGAACGUUCUCCAGUUGAUGUGGGAGGGUGGUGACAAAAGAGCUAAGAGCAUGCCCUACCAGUCCUACUGGAAAGCCAAGAUGAAUUCGUGGUACAGGAUCUGCUCGGCUCAACGGCCUGGCUAUAAGAGUGCGGGUAUCGGGGUGAUUGAGGGAAUGCUGGCAGAAGACUGGGUCAGGGAGUUCGAUGCGGAUGUCCUCAACGAACUGACCCAAUUCAUCUUGCCCAUCUACACCAGAAGAGCUUUCAAAGCAGACUCGACGCCUGAGGCGAGAAACGCUGCGCUAAAGAAGGCGAUGGACUUGAACGAUAUCUUUAAGAAAGGUCAAAAUCGCCACCUCAACUCGACUUUGAAGUUCGCACGACUUUUCCACCUCAAAGGCGACGAGACGUCGGCCAAGAGGCUGCUGAGAGACACAGUUGCACAGAUGCUGGAGAUGUUGUCGGACGACGACAUUGAGAACGACUGGAGCUCUUUCUACGUUCUCGCUCAAGUUUUCACCGCCACUGAGGAGACGGCCAACAUGAUAGCGUGCUGGGAAAUGAUGGCAGUAUCAAAAAUUGCCGAAGUCGCAGAAUACGAACGGAAGUUGGCUCUCUGGCACAAGGCCAACGACAACUCUGAUGGGGCUCUCGUUGAGGGCGAGCCAGUUUCUGCCGAAGGACACGGGGCCGGUAUCGAGAAGGCGCCCGGCGAAAACACUUCAGUGGAGGAGUUCGUAACAAUCCAGGAGGAUAGAAACGAGGAGCCCUCCACAAAUACGCAGCCAGCUUCUCAAAACGAAACUGUAAAUGUCAAUGGAGAUGGGCUUCCUGAUAACGUCCAAACAGAUGCUGUACAGGGGCAGUCCGCGAAUGGAGACUCGGGAGAAGCGUCUCCCACCAAACCCGAAGAGCCUAGUCGCUCCAUCGGCAUGUGCCUCGGGUAUUGUGACGUCACGGUGGAAGUCCCGAAUAGAAUAUGGGUUUGCGUGGACUGUGUUGGCGACGUUUGGCUGCAUGAAGAUUGCUAUAUCAAUGCUGGUGCGAGGGCAGCUAGGUAUCUCACCUGCAGCAAGGACCAUACUUUCAUUCAGCUACCCUCCUGCGACGAAGCUACGAUCAGGGCCAUUACUCCUGGCUUCAUCAGGGUUGAUGGAAAGCAUGUCAAGAUGGACGAAUGGAAGGCGGAGGUGAAGGCCAACUAUGUUGAUUGUGUGGAUGCCGAAACACCUGAGGGGUCGGAGGUUGCGGAAUAG